CGCCGUCGGAUGGCGGCGCGUCGCGCGACGAUCGCGGCGACGCGACCGCGCCGGCGCGACGCGCGACGAGAAACGACGCGCGCCGACGCGACGCGCCGACGCGACGCCGCGCCGCGACCGCGGUGUCCGUGCUGCGGGCUGGAGAAUGCGAAGACGCGACACCUGAGUCUGUGCGCGCCGGACGCGCUGCGCGGCGACGCGUUCGCGGCGCGCGAGCGCGAUAUCCUGCGCGCGAGCGUCGUUCGCAGGCACGGUGAACGAUCUCGAGCGCACGAGAUCAUGGCGUGGCGGUUCGGGUGGGCGCGAGGCGCGCGGGGGGCGACGACGCGCGCGAGCGAGGUGGCGAGACGCGUCGGUCGCGUCGACGCCGAAAGCGUCGCGCGAACGAUACGACGCGAGGUCGAGGCGACGCCGAUGGGAUUGGCGUGCGAGACGGAGGACGUGGAGGCGCUGGAGAUACUGCACGAGGACGAGGAGAUGACGUGCGUGAAUAAACGCGCGGGAACGGCGUCGACGCCCGAGUCGCGCGUGGCGGAUUCGAGCGCGGCGUCGCUCGUCGUCGCGCGGUGGCGGCGACGACUCGUCGACGCGCACGACGGCGCGUUGGCGUCGAACGUCGUGCUCGGGGCGAGUUUGGUGCCGUACGUGGCGCAUAGAUUGGAUUUAGAGACGUCGGGCGCGCUCGUGGUGUGCAAAAACGCAAAGGCGGCGGCGCGCGCGCAAGGCGCGUUCGAGCGUCGCGAGGUCGAGAAGACGUACUUGGCGCUGUGUCGGUGCGAUGAAUUUGAUGUUUCGGGAGGCGGAGCGUCGUCCGGGACGAUAGAUCUCGCGUUGGCGAAGCGCGACGACGGCGCGAGGUUCUUCGUCGAGACGUCCUCCGCCGACGGCAAACCGGCGUCGACGGAGUGGACGAUUGUGGCUCGAAAUCGCCGACACGCCCUCGUGCGGUGUCGCCCGAAGACCGGACGCACGCAUCAGAUUCGCGUCCACUUGGCCGCGAUCGGUCUACCGAUCGUCGGCGACGCCGCGUACGGCUGCCUCGACGCCGACGUCGUCGACAGGCACGCGCUGCACGCGUGGACGCUUCGCUUCCCGGCGAAAGAUUUCGCCGGCGUGCCCCGGAUCGUCGCGCCGGUGCCGGACGACUUCAGACGAGCGUGCGAGCGCGUCGGCGUAGAUUUCGAUUUCGACGCGGUCGGGGGCGAAUGAAUGAGUGAAUCGUUUCGCGUUCAUCUAGUUCAUUCAUUUCAUUCAUCGAGUGCAUCGAGUGUGCAACCUC